AUGAAUGGCGAGGUGUGGAGACCCACCAUCUGCACCAAAUGUGCGUGCACCACAGGAGCAGUCCGGUGCUUCACUGUUGAGUGCCAGCCCAUCUCCUGCCAGCCGCAUAAGAACUUGGAGAUCCAUCCUGGAGCAUGCUGCCCUCUCUGUGUGCCAAGUACCUGUCAAAUGGCUGGAAGGGAGUACAAGCAUGGAGAACAGUGGCAGGGGAACGACAACAUCACCUGCAUGUGUGAUAAAGGUCAAGUGAUCUGUCAGACAUGGAUCAGCCUCCCUAGCGCUGACAGUAAGAACCAGACCGUGGACAGGCAUGUGGGCCAGGGUUUGCAAAAUACUUCCUCCAAAGUGCCAUGCAUCCAGGGCUCAGUGAUGCGUUACCAUGGCGAGGUGUGGAACAGCAAUGGUUGCCAAUUCUGCACCUGUAUGGUUGGGCGAGUGCUGUGCCAGGAGGCCAAGAGAGUCAAUCUGGAGUGCCCACAGGGAGAAGAAACUGUUCACCUGCCAAGGAAGUGCUAUCCGGAAUGCCGGUCCACACACACUGCGUGUGUGCACAGACAACAAGUCAGAAAGAACAUGGAGGAGUGGUGGGAGGGCCCCUGCCACCAAUGUGAGUGUCUGGAUUCCAGGGUGACUUGCUACCACCUUUCCUUUCCCACCUGCCCUUUGGCCUCAUCUGUGGAGGGGAAGUGUUGCCCUGCGCGCCACAAGGGCCACUGUGACCACUGUGCGGACCCCCACGCCAUGCUGCACUAUCGACGCUGCCAACGGAUCUGCCCCCCAGGCUUCUGCCGAAAUGGCAGGGCAUGUACAGCCUACUGGGACUCAUGCGGCACCUGCAACAACAGUUUUGAGUGCACUUCCAACAGACGAUCCCGUUUACAGAGAAACAGACGGUGUGUCCAGGCCUGUGGCAGGGGCUUCUACCACGACCGGACUCAAUGCGAACGUGAGUAUCAUGUAAAUCGGCCCUGCACUUCCACUGCAGAAAAAGUAGUUGGCAAAAUCGAUGGUUACUUCAACAAUCUGAAAUGUAAAAGGGUUGUGGCUGUUGGCUGUAUGGGACCCUCCUCCACUCAACUGGCUGCCUUAAAGCACACUCUGAGCCUUUCGCCCGCUUUCUGCGUUCAAGCAGAUGUACCUGAUGAGGUAAAUCACAUCAAGGUGUAA